GGGAGGAGCACCCUGAUUAUUUUAACUUUUAUAUUGUUUUGACAAUUUUAAUUUUUUUGCACACUCUUGCUGUGACAUAUCCCUGAUUACUUAUUUUUGUAAGUAACUCCCUUGCCUUUUAUAGUUCUUUCAACAUCUGUGUAGUGUAUAGAAGGCAGAAUCUGCUAAGGAGGUCACUUCAAAGUGGGGGGGGGACUUUGAAUAAAUGGAUCUAUUUAUUUUGUGAAGUAGGAAAUCAUUUAAGUGUUUAAUAAUCUCAAACAGAAAGAUAAUUUUUCAUACUAAAUUAAAUUUCAGAUUAUAAGUAACUCAAACACCCACUGAAAAUUAUUGAGAGGGAGGUGAGUAGUGUAAAUGUACCCAAUGUUAAGACUUUUGAAAGCUAGUUCAAACGCUAAAAUGCCAGUUUUCUAAGUAUUUUCCUGAUUUAUAAAGUUGUUUUUGAUAGAAAAUAUCUUUAAUUGGGUAAAGGAUGGCAAAAAUGUAUCUUUAAUUAGGUAAAAGCUCUACUUUUAUAUUGGGCAGUAAUCACUUAUUUAACCUACUUUAAUUUUGUAUUAUGGUUGUAAUAUCAAGUUUGCGGGACUUUUAGUUUGCCUUCUCCCUUUUGGAUGACACUGAGCUGUGCAUAUUUUUCCUUUAGCAUACACAAGCAGAAACAUAACUUUCCUGUUGACUUGUAUUUGAAGGUGUGCACUUUGAAAUUGUUGAUCCUAAUUCUUGAGCUGAAAUGUUUCUGCUUGUGCCAGCAACAUGCUGUGCAGGUUAGCACAUCAAUGUUUUUCACACGUGCACAUUGGAGUGCAGAAGUUGGAGAUGAGUGCAAGGUCAGAUGGUAUUGAAUUUGACCUCUUCCUUCAUGCUUGCCUUGGCACAGUGUCCGAGAGUUGAGUACUUUCUUACUAGCCCCUUGCCUUAAUCCCAGGGCUGCCCAGAGUCAAUUAUCUUUGUUUAAUUAAAUUAAGUACAUGUAUGUUUCACCUUGUUAUAUUUAGCAGUUCAAAUAUAAAAUUAUUAUUUUCGCUUUUUUGUAUAAUGAUUAUCAGACACCUUUAAAAUAUUAAGAGUUGGGAUAGCACUGAGUUUUAUAACAAUGUUACAAGUUCAGGGGCUCAAGGCCAUUUGCAAUGUAUCCAUGGGGCAACAGCUGUGGACAGACCUCAAGCUUGUUUUUAGUUGCAGUGGUGGGGUGGGGGGAAUGAGGAUACACAUCAAGAAGGCAGACUAGACAGUGCAUAUUCCAGCUCAUUGUAACUAGAAUUUACCUCUACUUUUAAUUGUAACCAUUAGAAAAUUGAAAGGGGACGGGGAAACUACCUUCUUGAGGAUCUUAGGAAGAAGUGUGAUGCUACACAUUGUUAUCUGUGGUAGUCUGGCACUCUUUUGAUCCAGACUAUCAUGCACUUGCUGAAACGAAUGUUACUUCAACAACACUAAAGCUUUAUGUUCAGUAAACAUAAAAGAUUCUGCAAAUGCUAGACAAACUCAACAAGUCAGGCAAUACUUGUGGAGGGGAAUAAACUAUUGGCUUUUUGGGAUGAGAUUCCUUAUCGGAGCUGGACAAGGGAGCUGAAGAAGCUUGUCACCUUCUCGGAUAAACGACCCACUUGGUGGUUAUCCACAUACCCAAACGUUCAUUCCAUACACCAUUGGCAGACAGCGUUUACUGUACACAGAAUGGACUGCAGUUACUCACUAGGCUGCUCCAACACCUCAGAUUUGAUCUUUGCAGUACUAUGCUAAAGUCUUGGGCACAUAUAGCUAGACUGCCUCGACUUUUGCACAGUACUGUAUUUAUCAACGUGGAGCAGAGAGCAAGUCUGUAGAUCUGGCGAGAUUUGGUGACGUACCAAAUCUCCUCUAAACUCCAAAUGAUGUAGAGCCACUGGCAUUUUUUCUUGAUUGCAUCAUUGUGUUGAGACAGGAUAGGUUCUCUUGAAUGUUGACACCCAUGAAUUCGAAGCUGCUCACCCUUUCCACUGCUGGCCUUUUAAUGCAGACUGAUGUGUCUGCCUGUCUUUCCUUUCUAUGAAGUUCACAAUCAAUUCCUACGUCUUGCUAACAAUAGGUGCAAGAUCGUUGUUGAGAUGCCACUCAAUCAACUGAUCUAACGCACUCCUUUGUCUCCUUGUUGCCACCUGAGAUUCUACCAACAGUUGUCACUGGUGAAUUUAUCGAUGUUGUUCAAGCAGUGUUCAGCCACACAGUUGCGUGUAGAGACCGUGGAGCAAUAGGUUAAGCACGCAUCCUUGAGGUGCACGUGUAUUGGGAGCGAAGCGGUAAUGUUAUUGCCGAUCUGCAUUGACUGUGGUCUCCCGACUAAGGGAAGUCAAGGAUCCAGUUGCAGAGGGAGGUACAGAGGUCCAGUUUGUAAGUUUGCUAAUUUGUUCUGAGGGGAUGAUGGAGUUGAAAUGGCGAAGCUUGGGUGGCACUUUAAAGCUCGGUUUGUGAAGCAGUACUUGUAAUGUAGGUCAAGAGUAGGGAGGGAGCAUUCCUAUGAGGAGACUAAUUGCACAGUUCACAAUUUGCCAUUGUCUGUAGUUAUGUAAUGGAAAUGAGAUAAUGGCUUCCAAUUAUACAUAACCAGUGGAAUAAGUAGAUGUCUGUUCAGAAGACCUGGUAAUAAACUGAAGCAGUAGAGGAGGUGUAAAUCAUGUAGUCACUCAUUUGUUCUUCUUUUCAGUAAGGCCAUGGCUGAUCCUCACCUCAGUUCUAGGGUCCUGCAAUUUUUCUUUAACUAAUGGUUCCUCUGUAGUCCAAAAACUUCUCCCAUUUCAACCUUGUAUAAGUUCAGUGUCUUAACAUCCGUACUUCUGGGUUAGAAAUUUCCAGAGAUUCACGAGGAAAGAAAUUCUUCCUCAUUUACAUCUUGCAUGGUGAGGUCUGACGAUUUAUCUUGCCAGCUGUCCUCAGAAUAUGGAACAAAAAAUAGCAGGUGCUGGAAAUCUGAAAUAAAAACAGUAAUUGCUGAGCGUUCAUCAGGACAAGCAGCAUCACCGUGAGAGGAGAGCUGAAGUGCCGGAGAUCAUCUUCCUCCAUUUGGUGUUCUUGAUGUGGUGACCUCUAUAUCGGAGAGGUUGCUCUGUAAUCACUUUACAGAGCACCUCUGUUCAGUGCACAAGGGUGACUCUGAGAUUUCAAUCACUAAUAUCUGUCCCAUUCCCGCUUUGAUACUCUUAGUCCUUCAGUUUGAGAUGCCCAAAUCACCCUGUCUGGCACCGACAAUCAUUCCACAGUCAAAGUCACUUAGAUCACAUUUCUUCCCAUUCUAAAGUUUGGUCUGAACAACAACUGAACCUUUCGACCAUGUGCAUCUAUGGAUUGAGUUGCUGCCACAUAAUUUCCUGAUUUUAUUCAAAAGUAAUUGUUUCUGUGACUUAAAACUCAUUAUUUUGUUAUUUUUCCAAUUCUGAUGAAUGGUUCUAGACCUCAAAAGUACCUUUUGUUUCACUCCCCACUGAUGCUCAUGGUAUAUUGGUUGUCCCACUAUUUUGUCCUCCCCUCAGAAAUUUGUGGCUCCCUAAGAUUCUGAGGGUGAUUUUUGCUGGAUAAAUGUUGGGAGGUUGCUUUCUCUAAGAGUACCUCAACCAUUUACUUAAAAAUUACCCAAUUUACUUCUCUGAGUAUAAAUACUUCAUGGACUUUGAAGUAUGCUCAGCUAAAUAAUCAUAUUAAAUUUGAAAUGUUAAGGUCAAGAAGUAGGUUUCAUUGCCGAGCCUCCUCUUCCUUUGGGACAUUUAAGAAACACUCUUGGAGGACGCAUGGAUGAUAGAAAAAUGGAGGGUUAUGUAGGAAGGAAGGGUUAGAUUGAACUUGGAACAGGUUUAAAAAUUCAGCACAACAUUGAGCUGAAGGGACUGUACUAUGCUGUAAUGUUCUAUGUUCUUUUGGAUAUAUGCUCAUUUAAAAUAGUAAUAGUUUACUGAAAAAUAUUUGAGAAUCAUGCUGCCUGUUGUGACUCUCCAAGACAUUUAUUCACUUUUAUCUGCAAAAAUAAAGCAACCUUAAGAAGGUCAAUUCAGUAAAUGCUUAACCAUUCAGAUUAUCUGUACCUAGUCGAGGCUAUUUUCUUUUGCAAUUUGAUUGUACAGUGUGUUCUUAAAAUUGUUUUUGUGCAUCUGUACAGUGAGCAUGAUGAGAUUUUAAGAUUUUGUAGCCUUAUUACCCUUCAGGCGCUGUCUUGUGUGGACUUUAUUUUUUUUCUCUUUAAUUACAAGGGUUUCUUCUGGGUAUUCCAGUUUGCUGUCAUCCCAGAAAUAUGGUGGUAUUGUAAUUGAAUACUUAAAUGAGCCCUUCGUAAAGAUUAUUAGCAAGAAGAGUCAAAGAGGAGUUGAUGGCGGCAUCUUACACAGAUAGCUCGGAUGAUGAAACAUCUCCUCGUGAUAAGCAACAGAAAAAUUCGAAGGGCAGCAGUGACUUCUGCAUCAAGAACAUCAAACAGGCAGACUUUGGGCGUAGGGAGAUUGAAAUUGCAGAACAAGAGAUGCCAGCUCUUAUGGCACUACGGAAACGAGCACAGGGGGAAAAACCAUUGGCUGGAGCAAAGAUAGUUGGCUGUACUCACAUUACAGCCCAGACUGCGGUGCUGAUGGAGACGCUUGCUGCUCUUGGAGCCCAGUGCAGGUGGGCUGCCUGUAACAUUUAUUCUACCCAGAAUGAAGUGGCUGCUGCUCUGGCUGAGAAUGGUUAUCCAGUCUUUGCUUGGAAGGGAGAAUCAGAAGAUGAUUUUUGGUGGUGCAUUGAUCGCUGUGUGAAUGUGGAAGGAUGGCAGCCUAACAUGAUACUGGAUGACGGUGGAGACCUCACUCACUGGAUUUAUAAGAAAUACCCUAAUAUGUUCAAGAAAAUUAAGGGCAUUGUAGAAGAAAGUGUGACUGGUGUUCACAGGCUUUACCAGUUGUCUAAAGCUGGUAAGCUCUGUGUUCCUGCCAUGAAUGUAAAUGACUCUGUAACCAAGCAGAAGUUUGAUAAUCUUUAUUGCUGCAGAGAGUCCAUACUGGAUGGCCUCAAGAGGACAACAGAUGUGAUGUUUGGAGGCAAACAGGUCGUGGUCUGUGGAUAUGGGGAGGUUGGAAAGGGCUGUUGUGCUGCUUUAAAAGCAAUGGGGUCCAUAGUGUACGUUACAGAAAUUGAUCCAAUUUGUGCUCUCCAAGCCUGUAUGGAUGGAUUCAGACUUGUCAAAUUGAAUGAAGUAAUUAGACAAGUGGACAUUGUUAUUACUUGCACAGGAAACAAAAAUGUAGUAACCAGGGAACACCUGGAUCGCAUGAAGAACGGUUGUAUCGUCUGCAACAUGGGACAUUCCAAUACCGAGAUAGAUGUGGCAAGCCUUCGGACCCCAGAACUCACAUGGGAGCGUGUUAGGUCACAAGUAGAUCAUGUCAUUUGGCCAGAUGGCAAAAGGAUUGUCUUACUAGCUGAGGGGCGGCUGCUUAACUUGAGUUGUUCCACGGUUCCUACUUUUGUGCUUUCCAUCACUGCUACCACACAGGCACUGGCAAUGAUAGAACUGUAUAAUGCCCCAGAGGGACGAUAUAAACAAGAUGUGUACUUGCUGCCUAAGAAGAUGGAUGAGUAUGUAGCAAGUCUUCAUUUGCCCACUUUUGAUGCACAUCUCACAGAACUGACAGACGAGCAGGCAAAAUAUCUGGGUUUGAACAAGAAUGGGCCUUUCAAGCCAAACUACUACCGGUAUUAAAUGCAAAGCCACAAGUCUAUCAAACAAGAGGGGAACCUUUUGUCACUAAUGUACACGAACAAAAUCUCUUCUUUAGAGCUGGCCUUGAUUAAACAGUUUUAAAUAUUUAGUCAUUUAUUUAUUUACAUAGAAUGUGUAUAAUCUCUGUAAACAAUUUUUUUACUGCACUAGAAGACAAAAAAAUGUUUAAUGUGAUUUUUUUUUCUCUUCUAUUGCUGCUGUGCUUUAAUAUAAUUAUAACAUCCUUGCUGUUAACCUCGGGAAAGAAACUAUGGAAGCAAAAUGUUAGCUGUUUCAAAAUUGUUAAGGUGCACAUAUUUCAGAAAUUUUAUUUGUUGAGUAAAAGAGGUAAGGAAAUAGUUAAAUGCUUACUGUUUACCAUUAUGGGAAUCCUUAAAAGACUUACUUCAAACAAAAUCUAGCUGUGAGAGCCUGGAAAAUCAAAUAACAAGGCUCUCAAAAUAUAACUUGUGUUUUGUUUCUGAAACUUCUUAUUAAAAUCAGGUUUAGCGGAGUAGAUGGUGUGACUGGUGAGGUAGCUUAGUAUUAAGACUCCUUCUUUGCCGCAUUGCUAUUGUUUCCUUAAGUCAUGGUACUAUUUCAACCUUGUCUCAGUUCCUAAGAAUGUGAGCUGCUUCCCCCAGCUGGGACAUUAGCUUCAUGUCUGUAGAGUGUAUAAAGUCUGGAAUGGGCUGCAGAAAUGAUGGGGUAACCAAAUGAACCACAGAUGUCCAUAAAGCUUUCAACCAUUGUUGUAUUUUAAAAUAAGUGAACUCAAUUGUUUUUUUAUGACUUCAAUAGUUAAGUAGAAUAAAGUUUAGUCUUUUUCCCCUGAAAGAUAGAAUAUUUGUUUGUACAAACCCCAUUUCCAGAAAAGUUAGGAUAUUUUCCAAAAUGCAAUAAAAACAAAAAUCUGUGUUAUGUUA